UCCGGCAACACUGUCAUUAUCACACACACGCGCACGCAUAUGAGAAAAAGAACACAAAACAAAACAAUAUUCAAGGGAAUUUGAAUUCUCGAAUAUUUAUAAUUUGACAACCACCAGCGACAGCCGAGAAUAUCGCAUUGCAAAGCCAGUAAUCGUGCGGAGAACAGAAAGUUUCGAUUUGCAGUAAAACUCCAGGAAAUAAGAAGAAAAACGAGCCGUAGAAGGGAAUCAACGAUUUGCGUAUCAAGCGUUACAAAGGGAAGGCAGAUUUUUUGCUGCGGACUCAAUUCCAAGAGACAAAUCCCUCGAAUUCGGCUUCGGAAUGGUGGAACCCAUUUUCGAGUAUCAAUUUCGACUGAUUUUAAUCGGCGACAGCACCGUGGGCAAGAGUUCGCUGCUCAAAUUCUUCACAGACGGCAAAUUCGCCGAGCUAUCCGAUCCCACAGUUGGCGUCGAUUUCUUCGCCCGCCUCAUCGAAAUGAAGGACGGCACACAGAUCAAGCUCCAGCUGUGGGACACUGCUGGCCAGGAGCGCUUCCGUUCGAUCACCAAGUCCUACUACCGGAACUCGGUGGGCGUGCUGCUGGUCUACGACAUAUCGAACCACGCCAGCUUCGAGCACAUACCGCUGUGGAUGAUGGAGGCACAGCGUCACAUUGAGCCCCACCGCCCCGUUUUCGCAUUGGUCGGCUGCAAACUGGACCUCAUCAAUGCGGGCGGACACCGGGAGGUGACCACGGAGGAGGCACAAAAGUUUGCCAAACAGCACGGUCUGCAUUUCGUUGAGACAUCGGCCCGAUCUGGCGCCAAUGUGGAGGAGGCCUUUCGCAUGGUCACCCAGGAGGUGUAUGCUCGCAUUCGAUCCGGCGAAUAUAAAGCGGAGGAUGGAUGGGAUGGCAUCAAGUCUGGUUUCUCGCGACCCAAUAGUCUGGACUUUAAUCUCGUCGUAGCAGAGCCGGAAAAGUCAUCAUGUUGUUGAUUCACCACGACCUCAUUGUCUAUUAUUUUCAAUACUGUUUGUGUACAUUGAUUUGUAUCGUAUGACCCACCAGCACCCUCUUCCCCCCUAAACACCAAUUUGUUGACUCUUUAUUCUUGUUUAAUCGUCUAGUUUAGCUGAAAAACCAAAACAGUUACGUAUAUUUGUACAAUGCGUUUUUUUUUUUCGAAAUACAUGUAGUUUCGCUUUUAAGUUAAUAUUUAGUUAGGUGACUCACGGUAAUUAGUGAAGAAUGAGUUUGGCCCCCUCUUUCCAAAUUAAGUUUAUUUCGCCCUUAUUAUUGAUAACCAGUCACACGAGAUAUACGUAGCCGAAAUUCUGCGCUCCUAACUCAUACAACACAUAACUCCACAUACACAAAUACGAACGGAAAAGCUAUACAUAUACUUAAAACUUGAAAUAUAAACGUUUUUAUUAAUACGGA